GGGGGGUAGGGUGGUGCCUGGCACUGUAUUCCUCUGGCGCCACCGCUCUCAGCCUCGCCCCCUCCUCCAAUUCCUCCACCACCACCCACCCCGCCCAGCCAGCUCAGUCUCCCCAGCCCCCAUUCCACGUGGACCAGCCAGGGCGGGUGUAGGGACGGACAGGAAGAGGGGGAGCCAGCUGGGGAGGAGGGGGAAGGCAGCCGGCGCCCGCGCUCGGGCCCUCAUUGCCGGCGGUCCUAGCAGCAGGCAGCAUGUUCACCGAGGAGCCCCCCAGCUCCACCCUCCGCCGGCUCCCUCUGCUGCUACUGCUGCUGCAGGCUGUGGGCAGGGGGCUGAGCCACGCCAGUCCUGCGGGGGCUCCCCUCGAAGACGUGGUCAUCGAGCGGUACCACAUCCCCAGGGCCUGUCCCCGGGAGGUGCAGAUGGGGGACUUUGUGCGCUACCAUUACAACGGCACCUUUGAGGAUGGCAAGAAGUUUGACUCGAGCUAUGACCGCAACACCUUGGUGGCCAUUGUGGUGGGUGUGGGGCGCCUCAUCACUGGCAUGGACCGAGGCCUCAUGGGCAUGUGUGUCAAUGAGCGGCGUCGCCUCAUCGUGCCUCCCCACCUGGGCUAUGGCAGCAUCGGUGUCGCGGGGCUCAUCCCCCCGGAUGCCACCCUCUAUUUCGACGUGGUCCUGCUGGAUGUGUGGAAUAAGGCCGACACAGUGCAGGUGAGCAUCUUGCUGCGCCCGCCCCACUGCCCCCGCAUGGUGCGGGACAGCGACUUUGUUCGGUAUCACUACAACGGCACGCUACUGGACGGCACAGCCUUUGACAACAGCUACAGCAGGGGCGGCACUUACGACACCUACAUUGGCUCUGGUUGGCUGAUCAAGGGCAUGGACCAGGGGCUACUGGGCAUGUGUCCUGGAGAGAGGAGAGAGAUCAUCAUCCCUCCGUUCUUGGCCUAUGGAGAGAAAGGCUAUGGGACCGUGAUCCCUCCGCAGGCUUCACUGGUCUUCCACGUGCUCCUGGUCGACGUGCACAACCCCAAAGACAGCGUGCAGACGGAGACGUUGGAGCUGCCCCCAGGCUGCACGCGCCGAGCCAUGGUGGGCGACUUCAUGCGCUACCAUUACAACGGCUCACUGAUGGACGGCACCCUCUUUGACUCAAGCUAUUCCCGCAACCAAACCUACAACACCUACAUCGGGCAGGGCUACAUCAUUCCCGGGAUGGACCAGGGGCUGCAGGGCGCCUGCAUCGGGGAGCGCCGCAGGGUCACCAUCCCCCCACAUCUUGCCUACGGAGAGAACGGAACUGGGGACAAGAUCCCUGGCUCUGCUGUGCUCAUCUUCGACGUCCACAUCAUCGAUUUCCACAACCCUGCCGACCCAGUGGAAAUCCAGACCCUGUCCCGGCCGCCCGAGGCCUGCAAUGAGACAGAGGCUGCCAAGCUGGGGGACUUUGUCCGCUACCACUACAACUGCUCGCUGCUGGAUGGCACCCAUCUCUUCUCCUCCCACGACCAUGGAGCCCCCCAGGAGGCCACUCUGGGGGCCAACAAGGUGAUCGAAGGCCUGGACCGGGGCCUGCAGGGCAUGUGUGUGGGAGAGAGGCGGCAGCUGGUUAUACCCCCACACCUGGCGCAUGGCGAGAGCGGAGCACGAGGCGUCCCUGGCAGUGCUGUGCUACGCUUUGAGGUAGAGCUGGUGUCCCGGGAAGACGGGCUGCCCACUGGCUACCUCUUUGUGUGGCACGAGGACCCUCCUGCCAACCUCUUUGAAAACAUGGACCUCAACAAGGAUGGCGAGGUCCCUCUAGAGGAGUUCUCCACCUUCAUCAAGGCUCAAGUGAGUGAGGGCAAGGGCCGGCUCCUGCCGGGGCAGGACCCCGAGAAGACCAUCGGGGACAUGUUCCAGAACCAGGACCGCAACCAGGAUGGCAAGGUCACAACUGAUGAGCUCAAGCUGAAGUCAGAUGAAGACCAGGAGCGGGUGCAUGAGGAGCUCUGAGGGGUGGGAGCCUCAGACACAGUAGGCCCUGCCAGGGGGCAACAGUGCCCAUGGGACUGGCCUGCCUGCCUGCCUGUGUGGUCCAGGAGCUACAGGUGUCAGAAGACACCCUGGCCCCUGCCUGCCCUGGAGGGAAAGCACAGCAGGGCAGCCCUCCAAGCCACUACCCCAGCCACCAAGCCCUUCCAAGUGUGAGGCCUUCCAAAGCCAGCUCUGGUCAACAGACAGGAUCCCUGCCCCACCUCCAACUCCUGGCUGGCUGGGCUGUCUUCCCCCAGCUUCCUGUGUGUGCCUUGCCUUCCUGCCCCCUUUGUGUUGUGGCAGCUCCCAGGACACCCGUCUAGCCGUACUCCCUCAGCUGUGACUGGCUCUUGGGACAGGGGCAGCCCCCCUCACCUGUCUGGCAGCUGGUCCUCUCCCCUUCUC